AUGCUCCUGAAGAUAGGAAUCAAACGUGAGCUGUCGUGUGUUCAUACUCCGCUGCAGAAUGGGGUGUCCGGAAGAAAACACCGACAUAUAGUUGAAAUGGCUUUGACUUUGAUGAUAAAUAAUGGAGUACCAAAGCAUCUAUGGGUUGAAGCAUUCACUACUGCAGUGUAUUUAAUCAACAGAUUGCCAUUUUCUGUUAUCAACAUGCAAUCUCCCUUUUCUUCUCUUUAUGGUCGUGAUACUUUUCAGGGGGAGAUCACUACCCUUUCUGAGACAUCUGACUGGGGUGGCCGUCACCUUCUCGUCGGCGAUCACCGUCGCCAAGAAUGGCAUAGUCGCAAAGCUUCGUCGUGCCAUACACCCUUUCAGUAG